CUUCAUGAAUAUUCAUGAGCUGAGCGGCCUGCGUGCCUUACGUGGUGACGCAAUGCAACAACUGCGGGUCCCGAUUGCUGCAGCCGCUUGUCAUUGUGACGAAGAUUGGCACUAAGUUGUGAAAGUCUGGCGUUAGAAUGCUCCAGCGUUGCCAGUAGCAACAGUAACUAUGAUGACGUCGCCAUCGUCGGUGUCCAUGGAGGAGUUUCAGGAGACUCAACAGAUGCAGGAGGAGGAGCACUCAGUGGGAGAGACAGAUGAAAGGUUGGAGGAGGAAGAAGAGCGAGAGGAGGAGGAGGAGGAGGAGGAGGAGAGUGUCCCAGUGCCAGCUGACCCCCAGACACCCAUGGAGGCCCAAAAAGCCGCUAUUUACAGGCAUCCCCUGUUCCCCCUGCUGGCACUUUUGUUUGAGAAGUGCGAGCAGUCUACGCAGCGCUCCGAGUGUGUCACUUCGGCCAGCUUCGACAUGGACAUCCAAAACUUUGUGCGGAGUCAGGACAAGGAGAACAAGUCCUUCUUCAGCGAAGACCCCGAGCUCGACAACCUGAUGGUGAAGGCCAUACAGGUGUUGCGUAUCCACCUGCUGGAGCUGGAGAAAGUGAGCGACCUGUGUAAAGACUUCUGCAGUCGCUAUAUCGCCUGCCUGAAGACUAAGAUGAACAGCGAGACUCUACUGAGCAGCACCGAUCCGGCGAGUUCGUACUCACCUACACAGGCUCAGACUCCUAGCUCCUUUGCUGGGACUGUGAGUCCACAGGGGAUCGUACUGCCAACAUCCGCAUUACAACAAGGCAGCCUUACUGUGACGGCGGUAAACCCCACACAGGUGGUGUCAGGUGGCACAGUCUAUCAGCCUGUAACUGUUGUGACUCCUCAAGGCCAGGUGGUUACCCAGGCCAUCUCACCUGGCACAAUACGCAUCCAGAACUCACAGCUUCAGUUGCAGCUGAACCAGGACCUCAGCUUCCUGAGUCAAGAUGAAAACUCGUCCAAGACCAAACGAGGCAUUCUGCCCAAGCACGCCACCAGCGUCAUGCGUUCUUGGCUCUUCCAACACAUCGGGCAUCCAUAUCCUACAGAAGAGGAGAAGAAGCAGAUUGCACUGCAGACUAAUCUCACCCUGCUGCAAGUCAACAACUGGUUCAUAAACGCGCGAAGGCGAAUCUUGCAGCCGAUGUUAGAUGCCAGCUCAUCUGAGGCACCCAAGAACAAAAAGAAAACACCACAGACUCGUCCACUUCAGCGCUUCUGGCCAGACUCCCUCGCAUCCUCGGUCUCCCAGCAACAGGUUACCAUGGAAGAUGGUACCAUGGUAUCAGUGAGCAUGGUAGGAGAGGACGGGCUGCAGACACUGUCGUCUGACGGAGCCACGCUGGCCAUGCAGCAAGUGAUGAUGGGAGGCCACAGCGAGGAUGAUGAAGAUGACAAUGAAGAAGAUGAAGAGGACAAUCUAUCCCACUCUGACAUGACCAGGCUAGGUCUGGAAACCAGCGACUCACUCCAUGAACCGAGCUCGCUGCUCCAACCAACUUCCACACCGAGGCUUGACAGGCCAAUGGACCACCACUGUCCCCCUACCACCAAGCACAUUUGUUUCAGUCAUUUUAAUUAAUUGUACAGAAAUGUUUCAGUAAAUUGGUGUUGUAAAUGUAAAUGUUUCCAGAGAAUCUGUGACUAGAAUUUUUGCAGAUGACAGAUGUCUUAAAAAGUAAUGAAAUAAAAAUUCAAAGACCCAAAAAAGACACACACACACACACCCCCCCCAAGACAAAUGACUGUAUAUUUGUAAAUUAUAAUUUUUUUUUAAGGAAACCCACUGGUUAUUAAGAACCUUCAGGAACCUAUAAAAGUUCUUCUGAAAACUGUUGCUUCUGUAUCUGCAUGGCAACAUCCAUUAUUUUGAUUGUUCUUGCGUAUCUUCUUUUUCCCAGAAAGUAAACAUAAUCUAAUUUAAUUCUAAUAAAAAUCUGUAUUGUA